AUGACACAUGAAAAACUAGAAAGUGAUUAUGAAGAUACUACAUCUACUUCAAACAAAACAAAACCUAGCAACAAAUUUGUUGCAAAUUUUCAAUCAUUAUUUAAAGAUCUUCGUCCUCCAAGAAUAAAAUGGUUUAUAAGUCCAAUAGCAGUUGUUAUUUAUUCAACCAUCUUUAAUGUUGUCGAUCAAAUAUUAUUUGCUAAAUUUACAAGACAAUUCCACAUGGCUAAUCCUAUAGAUAUAAUUUUUUUGUUUUUAGACUUGUUUAUCUUUUUGGUGGUUAUUUACGAACAAAAUUAUUAUGAUGAAGACACAGCGUUUAAAAACAAGUAUCAUCAAGUUGCUCAUUUCAUUGUGGUGAAAAUAUUAAAGAAGCUUCUUUGGUUGGUUUUGUUAGCUGCUUGUAUUGUUCAAGUGGUUAUUAUAUCACAAGGGAAAUUAUCAAAUCCUUUAAAUAUAAGUGAUUCCUAUAUGGAUAGCUUGAAUAUGACUUCCAAUGAAAGAGCUGGUUAUUUUAUCAUCACUUUGAUUAGUUUGAUUUGUAAUGGUGCUUUAUUGGGUAUUUGGUGGUCAACAAAUAUUUCAUCAGUUUAUUUAUUAUACGCUUCAGUUAAUCUCAUUACUGUGUUGAUCAGUGUUAGUAUUGUUCAAAUCAAUAUUAGUUAUAUUAACACUACGGGUGGAUCGGCUAGAAAAUUACAUAAUUUAUUUAUUUUAACCGGUACUUUUAUGGCUUGUCAAUCUGGCAUUGGUUUAUGCAUAGUUUUAUUGAUUAACGAAAAGAAUCGACUUAAGGACUUUAUUGGUAAGAUUAUUUUCUUUUAUGAUGCCUAUGUGAUUAUUUUAUUCAGUUUACUUUUAGCCUGUACCAUUGUUAGUGGGAUUUAUUAUGAUUAUAAAGCACUGUUUCCAAUUAGUAUAUUUGUCUUGUUUUUAUGUUCAUGUAUUUGUUCAGUGGUGGCAUUUUUCUGCACUCGUUAUUUCCGUUUAAGGGGUGGUGGUUUCACUAAAGAUUAUGAAGUUGAAGAAUAUGAUUUGCUUAGUUUAACUCCUCAUCAAAAACAAGGAUGGGGUAAAUUAAUUGAUCUCAACAAUAAGCAUAAUGGUGGUAUUUCCGGUGACUAUGUAAUCUCAUUAAUGGAAAACUACAUGAAGGCUGAACUAGAUGGUAUGACUUGCAAAGUAUUACGUGUCUACAAAAAGGAUGACAGCAGCAACAACAAUAAUAAUAAUAACAACAACAACAAUAGCCAUAACAACCAUAACAAUCACAAUAAUAGUAAUAAUAAUAGUAAUAAUAAUAAUAACGGUCAAGCAAAUAAACAAGCAUCGAGAUCAUCGAAACAUUUGAAUGCUGCAUUUGAUAUUUUAGAUCAUGAAUCGGUUUUGUUUCUGGAUACACCAACUUUAACAGAAGAAACUUCCAUUAGAGAUGAAUAUCGUCCAUUAUCAAAAAACCAAUUGAAAAGAUUGGCUAAAAAGAAUCAAAAGGAAAAGAAAAAGAUGGAGAUGAAAUCUUUGGAAAAUAACACCGAAAAAUUUUAUCAAGAAUUGAUGAAUACAGAAGCAUUAGUUUUAUUGACGAUUGUUGAAGAAUUUGAUUUAACUGAAAGAAUACCGGGUUGGUUUGGUAAGAAAUUGAAUAAACAUUUUGGUAAAAAUUCUCGAUUCCCAUGGUUGUGUAUUAGAUUUGGAUUAUUAGGUUUCCAUUGGCCAUUUAAAAGAGCUACAUUUUAUUGUAGUUCUACUAAGAAACCCGUUGCUAGAGGAGCUGCAGUUUUAUAUGCUAUUUCCAAAUGGAAUGAAAAGAAUGAAAAAUUGACUGUUUUAUUGGAUCCAACUUAUAAAGAUGUUAAUUUUGAAGCUGGUAUUACAUCAAGUGGAUGGUAUAAGAUUAAUUUGCCUAAUUCGCAUAUUAUCGAUUUAAGACCAUUUAAGAAUCAAACCAGUACUGAGUAUUUCAAAGCUAUUAAAUAUAGAAAUCAAGAGAAUAGUUUUAAACAAGCAAAAGGUCAAGUUAUUGAAACCAAUAUUUUCAAUUAUGAGAAUUGUCAAGAGAUUAUAACCAUGAAUCAAAAUAUUGCAAAUAACCGACAACUGUCUGGACAAUCGUCGCAAUUAUUAGAACCAGAUUGGCAAUUUAUAUAUAAUUUGGGAAAUUGUACCAAUGAGAAGAAGUACCGUUCGUUGUUAUUUUUGAAAGUUGAUGACCAAAUCAUUGCAUCUUGUGUUAUUUUUAGAUUGGGAGAUACCAUGACAUCGGAUAUUCAAGGGUUAGAUCAUGCCAUCAGUAAACAAUACAAAGCCUAUUUUGUUAUGAUGCAAGAGGUUAUUAAAAUAGGGUUAAGAGAAGGAGUCAAGUUUAUUGAUUUUGGACCAACCACCGAAGACGCAAAAGUGACUAUUGGUUGCAAUGUUGUUCCAUUAUGUGGGUCAAUUUAUCCGAAUAAGAAAUGCUUAGGACCAAUUAUUAAAUUUGCUGCAAGUAAAGUUGACGUAUAG